AGUAUAUACAAUUUACCACCACGAAGAGAAGAAAAAGUACGGAUAAAGCCCCAUAAAUGGAAAGUCGAAGGCUUGGAUUAAAGAAACCAUCGUUAUGAGCAGCUCAUUUGCUUUGAGUUUGAGGGUUCAGCUCUCUCUCAAUCUUCAACUCUAAGGCCUAAAGCCUACUCUCAUCUCUCUCUCUCUCUCUCUCUCUCUCUCUCUCUCUCUCUCUCCUCUUAUCCUUUUCUAUCACUCUCUCUCUCAUCACGUGCUGGAUCUGGGCAUCUCAGAUCGGAUCCAUCCAUCUCUACUCCCUUUGUUGCCCUAAUCUUAAGCGACGCCUCUGCACGCCCAACUCUGUGUUUAAGUUGCUUCUUAAUUUGAUCGAAAUCUAGGAAUCUAUCGGGCAUACAGAGCAGCCGCCAUGGAAGCGGCAACACGAGAUUCGAGCCAACUACCGGUGGCUGCAGAGGAAGAGUCCCUCAAGAAGAAUACAGAUUGUGUUUAUUUCCUGGCAUCUCCUUUGACCUGUAAGAAGGGAAGUGAAUGUGAAUACCGCCAUAGUGAACCUGCCAGGAUUAACCCCAGAGAUUGCUGGUUCUGGCUGAAUGGCAACUGUCUGAAUCCAAAAUGUUCAUUCCGGCAUCCACCUCUGGAUGGCUUUUUAGGAACCCAAGGGGCAUCUUCUGUGGGAUCAUCUCUAUCUCCACAGGCUGGGAUAUCAACACAAAUGCCUCCAGCCUUCACUGCUCCUGCUCAUGGUUCUGGUAAACAACCCACUCCUUGCUUUUUCUUCCAGAAAGGACUUUGUUUAAAGGGUGACAGAUGCCCCUUCAUGCAUGGACCACAGCCACUAGCACCAAAAGUUGCUCCUACUGUUACUGAACCUCAAAUUUCCAAGAAAACCUCUUUUGGGGGCCUUGAGAAGUGCACUACUCAACAGCAGAACAUCCCGAAACAAAAUACCAUAAACCAAAUUGAAGUACCUCCACCAGAAAAAUCAGUUAUGAAGACUGAAACUGCACUGCCAAAAAACGGUAUUGCAGCUAAGAAAAAUGUACAGUCAGAUGAUGAACAACUUAGAUACAAACCAGCAAAUAUCCCUGCCUUCAGUGGAAGUUCUGUAAGUAGACCAGUAAAUGCUCCUGGCACCGGUGGAAAUUCUUUAAGUAGGCCAGCAAAUGCUCCUGGAGCCAGUGGAAAUUCUGUAAGUAGGCCUCACUGUAGUCGUCAAGCUCAAGUUUUGGAUGAUCGUAGUUUUCAGAAUGGUAAAGAAGGUGAUGAAAUCUUGGGUGAAUCAUCACCUGGCUUUGAUGUUCUGGUAGACAAUGAACUCAGAAAUUCUCAUUACUACCAAAAUGUGGACGAAUAUGGAAGCGCGACAGACCAUGAUGGAAGGAAUUUGAACUCUGCUGGUGAAUUUGAUUAUGGCUGUUCUGUUGAUUACGAUUCAGUGAAUAAAUUUGACCAAGAACCAUACAUUGAUUCACGUGGGUAUGAUCCAUAUGGACGGGCUCAAGAUCAUUAUCCUUGGGAGCAGCAUAGGGCUUCAUCGGUUUCAGAAAGGCUAUCUCUACCAGACAAGAGGGGGUACCCAAGAGGUAAGAGUCCCGAUCAGAUUGGUGAGUCAGAUCUGCGCCAUCGGCUAUCAAAGCAAAGGAGGCUUAAUGGAUCCAGAUCUAUUAUUAGCUCUAAUUGUCGUGAUGAUGGCCACCGGAGAAAUGACCAUGAGCAUCAUUUCGAGGAUCAAAGAAACCAGGACCGAUCUUGGAGAGAGACAAGCAAUUUGCCUCGAGAAAAUUCCAUAAGUAAUCGGCUACAAGGUAGAAUUACACUUCCUGGUAGGUCUUCUUCACCGGACAGCAAUAAUAGUAGCUUGCGUCCUGAAAGGGAAAUGAACAGGGGACGAAGCUGGGGUAGAUCAUCACCACCAGGCAGGGGACCAAUAUCAUCCUAUCAGGGAAGACACCAAGACAGAAUAAAACGGAGGGGCCAAGAGGACGAUAACAUUGAAGGGAGAAACUUUAGGGCUCCUCUUGCCAGAAGAGAUGACAUAGUUAGCACUUUAGAUUUUGCUGGUCCAAAAAGCCUUGCAGAGCUGAAAGGUUCAAAGCAUUUGGAGAGCACUGAAGACCAGGAAAAAGACCAGGAAACCAAAGCUCGUCAAGUAUUUCCCUGCAGGGAGCAGCAAAACUCUAAGAUUGGAAAACUUGUUGCUCAAGAAUCUGAAGAUUCACUUUCCUUUGAGGGUCCCAAACCUCUGAGUGUACUUCUGAAGAGGAAAAGAGAAGCAGAAACAACUUCUGGAAAUAUCAAGAUUUCUGAUAUUGGAGAGGAAAGCAGUCCAAGGAGUGAAAACUUUAUGGGUGGUUCCAGGAUGACAGCAAUUACUGAGACACAGAGUGAUCUUCCUUCUGAGCGCAAGAAAGAAGACGAUGAAAAUAUUGUCAGCAAUCAGGAAAAAUCCAAAUCUUCAGCUGCCACAGUUGAGGAUGAUGAAGAGGGUCAGAUCUUCCCGGAAGACAAUGAGGUGGCUCAUGAAGAUGAACCUUAUGCUCAAGAUGGAACUGAGUUUGAAGCUGAGGAUGCAACAAUGUUGGAUGAUACAUUCGAAGAUCAAGAGCUUGAAACCUUUGAUCAGAGAGGUGGAGAGUCUGAUUAUGAGCAGACUGGUGGUCAGGAUAAAACAGAGGACGAAAAUUUAGACCCAGAAGAAUACUUGGACGAUGAAGAUGGGGAUGACUUCGCAAAGAGGAUUGGUGUUAUGUUCUCCUGAAGAAGGGUGAGAUGAAAGUUACUGCUCACAAUCGCAGCCAGUGCAGAAGACUUGGUAGCAUUGUUUUUAUUUAAACUAUAAAUGGCUCUUCGAAAUGAGCUGAUGUAGCUUUCACCUAUAGGUUUUCUGCUUUAACUGAAGGAAGCCUUGUUCUUGUAUUAAUGGAACUCGUUUCAGUGUAUGUAAGGUUGAAUGAAAAUUUCUUUCUGCCCCCUCAUAAGAGUUAAA